GUGCCAUGGCAACAGAGACAGACUGUAACCUGGAUUCCGGAAGCCAGAAAGCUGGAGCCUGGAAACUACCCGGUCAAAGGAUGCUGAGUCCCGAGCGCCUAGCUCUACCGGACUACGAGUAUCUGGGAUCAGAUCAACCGUUUCCUGGAAUAUACUUUUGCCCGUGCACAGAUGGGAUAGGACGGAAGAUAUAGAGGAAAGGGGCUCAAGUUCUCGGCUGUUGAAAACAAGACUGGAAGGUGGUGCUGACAGCCGGCCCGGGCUCACUCAGCGACAUGUCCUCACGUACAUGGAGGAUGCAGUGUGCCAGCUGCUGGAGAACAGGGAGGAUAUUGGCCAGUAUGGCAUUGCCCGAUUCUUCACUGAAUAUUUUAACAGUGUAUGCCAAGGAACUCACAUUCUCUUUCGGGAAUUCAGCUUUAUACAAGCCACACCUCACAAUAGGGCAUCAUUUUUACGGGCCUUCUGGAGAUGCUUCCGAACUGUAGGCAAAAACGGUGACUUGCUGACCAUGAGGGAGUACCACUGUCUGCUGCAGUUACUGUGCCCAGAUUUCCCCCUGGAGCUCACUCAGAAGGCGGCCAGGAUCGUGCUCAUGGAUGAUGCCAUGGACUGCUUGAUGUCUUUUUCAGACUUCCUUUUUGCCUUCCAGAUCCAGUUUUAUUAUUCAGAAUUUCUGGACAGUGUGGCUGCAAUCUAUCAGGACUUGCUGUCAGGGAAGAACCCCAAUACAGUGAUUGUGCCAACAUCAUCCAGUGGGCAGCAUCGCCAGCGACCUGCCUUGGGUGAUGCCGGUAUGCUGGAUGGAGUAGAGGCAUCACUGUUCUAUCAGCGCCUGGAAAACCUGUGUGACCGCCACAAGUACAGCUGCCCACCUCCAGCUCUUGUCAGAGAGAUCCUGAGCAAUGUCCAGAGGCUGACUUUCUAUGGGUUCCUUGUGGCCCUCUCAAAGCAUCAUGGAAUCAACCAAGCACUGGGAGCUUUGCCUGACAAAGGAGACUUGAUGCAUGACCCAGCCAUGGAUGAGGAGCUGGAACGGCUGCUGGUCCAGGUCCCAGGCCUGGUCAACUCCAUCACUGCCACUUCUGAGGCCAGCUGCCUGCCCUCCCGAACCCCUCACCGGGUUGGUUCCCCAUGGAAACCCCUCCAUCGCUCCCGCAAAUUGGAUGCAGAGAGCGAUGGCUCCACUGAAGAGACAGAUGAGUCUGAGACUUGAAUCUGAAGGGUCCCAUCUGUACCUUGCUCCUACCCACCCUGCUUUUGCUGCCCUCACCAGACUUCUCCAGCAUCACUGUGCCACCCUCUGCUGGAGAGAUGGGUGAAUAACAGUCCUCCAGCCAAUUCAGUGAUCCCAGCAAUCCCUUAACUCAUGCUCUCAGCUUUUGACAACCUGUUGGGCCCUAAGCUGAAUACUGUACCAAGGGCACUUCAUCUCUGGGAAGGGUACUGGCUUUAGCCUUUUGUUGGCAGUGCUGCUUAUGCUUUAAGUGCAGUGUCUUCUCAGUCAGUCAGCCAUGAUCCUCCUAGUGAAGGUCAUUUUCCACAACAGCUCCCAUAGAGGAACAUGAAUUAGUAACACAGGGUCUUCAUGGUCAAGGGUAACCCCGAGAGCACAUGAUGGGAAGACUACCAACUGUGGCCUUCUGCUGGAGAAUCAGCCACUGGCUGGAAUAAGAGGGAGGAUGGGCAAGAAUUUCACUUUCAAAAUUGGCUUCAAGUUUGUAAUAGUCAAGUCUGUGAAAUGAAUAAAGUCCCUUGUCUGUGGUAA